AUGGCUUUGAAAACGACUUGGCCAAUAUGCACAACAUGCCAGACGAUUCCUUAUACAUUAUUCCAGAAUGGAAAGAUCAGCCACCCUUACCCGUUCUGGUCGAGCUUCUCUGAAUUUGCGAAUUCUGCUUCGAGAGGUUGCCAUACAUGCAUUUUACUAUACGAAGCUGUCCGAGAGCCUUUCAAACAUCGAUUGGAAGGGCAACCAAUAUUCCUGGAACGCGCAACUAUUGAUACUGGUGAUACCGAAGCUGUAGCCUUGACAGUGAAUCUUGCCUCUCUGUCCGAUCACAGUACUUUGGUAGACGAAUUCUUACGGAAGCACGCUGAAGAUAAACUUUCUGCCUUCAAAUAUUUACCAAUUGCUGAUGUUAAACAUGUCCUGGAUGCUGGAGAGGUGCCUGAAGAUGCACGAAAUUUCAAGGAUCUUAUCAGCUCGUAUGAGGAGAGCGAAGGGGCGGUUAGAUAUAUCAAGCAAUCCAUGAGUCACUGUUUAGAAAACCACAAGUUAACAUGCGAUCGGGUGAUGUUUCCAAUCUCAUCCGCUGCGUCACAGCGACAAAAUGCAGUUAACAUUGUAUCCGGACGCAAUGGAAUGGUAAUGGCGCCAACUCGCCUCAUUUAUGUGGGUUCCCAGGAUAGCGGCGAUUUUCCAAGACUCGUUGAUGGGCAGGAAUGUCUGUAUAAAGGCGGGUAUUUGAUUCUCAGCUAUUGCUGGGGAAUGACACCUAAAGAUGCACCAUGGCAAUUGAUCACUACAACUAUGCCGCUCUUUGCGACAGAGAUUCCACUCAGAAUUCUUCCACAAACCCUUCAUGAUGCGAUUAUGUUGACUCGCAAGCUGGGAGAGCAUUACAUCUGGAUCGAUAGUAUGUGUAUUCUUCAGGACUCAACAGAGGACUGGCAAUUUGAGGCUUCUAAUAUGGCUUCCAUCUAUGGAAGUGCUGUUAUGACUCUCGUAGCCGCAUCUAGCUCAGUAUAUGGUGGUAUGACGGAUCGUAGAAACCCAUUACGAAACAGCGCUGCUAGUCUCGAUUUACAAGAUAGUUCCUCAAAAUCAACCGUCUAUAUAUUGCCAAACGGACAGCCUCGGAACACACCACCACCUCCACCGACCGAUAGUAGAGGUUGGUGCUACCAGGAAUAUUUACUUUCCAGCAGACUAGUAAAGUUGACGCAAAAAUCUAUAAUAUGGCAAUGUCUAGGCGACAAAAGCAACCCCAACACCCGAUCACAGGGUCUCGAACAACUCAUCCAGCAUCCUCCAUACAGAUGGUACACACUUUGGUACCGCUUGAUAGAGCAAUACUCCAACAAAAGCCUAACAUACCCAAAAGACAGGCUCCUCGCAUUUUACGGUAUCGCAUGCGAUAAAGCAGGCAGUGCAUACCUUGCCGGAAUUCUCAAAUCUGAUCCUUGGGCAAGUCUACUUUGGUGUCGCGAUGAAAACCAAAUACAGCGACGGCCGGGCCAUAGAUGCAAGGAAUAUGUUGCGCCUUCGUGGUCUUGGGCAAGUAUUGACGCGCCUGUGCUUUUCUAUGAGGCAAAUGCACGACAUUGGAGAAAACCACAACUUGGCGCCACGCUUCGAGAUCCUGAACUCGUUCAUGCGGAGGCGCAGCCUGUUUCUUAUUUCAGGACAGGUGCUGUAAAAAGUGGGAGUGUUGAGAUAUCAGCAUAUAUUGUUAUGGUUCGCACAGCACCUGUCGAGCCGCUUUUAUUCAAUACCAGGCAGGGCUCUCAUACAUACGGGAGACGAAACUGUGUAGAUCCGCUUACCGGUGAUGCACUUGGAUUGAUUGUUUUCGAUGUUGCGGUAGAGGCAAAGGAUGACAUGUUACUAUGCUGUGCGCUUUUGCAGACGGGGAAUAUGGAUUUGUGGGAAAAGAACGGUAUGUCUGGACUUGGCUUGACAUUGAGAGUGAAAGGAGCGACCGCGGAACACUGGAAGUGCACUCGAGUAGGAUAUGUCCAAUUCACAUCUGCGUUUGGGAAGUAUGCGCAAAAGUGUCGCGUAGAAAUUUCGUAA